AUGGAGGAGGAGUGCUACCCGGCGAUCAGCAUGAAUGGCGGCAGCAAACAUCAGCACAUCAUCCACAGGCAGGGCCACGUCACCACGGUGCUGGCCAACGGUCAGCACCGCCCGGACACGAAACCGCCCACCUUCGCCGGUAUGUCGCUGCUCGUCGGCGGCCAGCAGAGCCUCACCGUCGGCCAUCACAACUCCGGCGGUGGCGGCGGCAACCUCGUUAGCAACAACAACAACCACCUCACGGUGAACCAUAACCUCGACUUCAAGGACGCGUCACUGCUCGGCCUGAAGGGGCUGGCGGUGACGCUCGGGAACGGUGGCUCGUCCUCGUCCUGCCACGAUUCGUCGUCCUCGUCGACGUCCGCUUCCGACAUCGACAUCGACGAGACCACGACGGUCAAGGAGGAGCCACUGUCACCGAGCUCCAGCUGUCCCGGCUCCCCGGUUGGGGCCGGUGAAGGUGGCGGAGGAUCAUCACACCUCACCAACGGGUUCACCAUCUCCGCCGUCAGCCUCGGUGGCACCUACGGUCACUCGGACCUGGUGCUCGAGCACAAGAAUGGCACCCUCCAGCUAUCACCCGCUUCACAGAGUCUGCUCAAGAGCCAGCAGAUCAUCCUCACCACUGGCGGCGGUGGCGGUGGCGGAGGUGGCUUGCAGGUGACCUCCCAGCAGUCGCAGCAACAGAGUAUCGUCAUGUCCAAGCUGAACAUCAAGAUGGAACCACAGUCGUCCGGGUUCGGGUUACCGCCCACUCCGCCGUCCUCGUUGCCGAGCGACGAAUCCGAGGGUAACCAGAGCCCGGAACAUCACGUUUCGCCCAUGUCCCCGCCGACCGACAGUGGCGUCAACUCGACGUCCUCCAGCCGCCGAACGUCACUGCACACUUCCGGCUCCUCACCGCCGCAGCCCGGAGGCCAAUCCUCCGCCGCCCGGGUGUCCUCCGCUAGUCACGGCUCCGCCGCCGGUUCCUCGCCUGCGUCCACCUCUGCAUCCCAGUCGGUGACCACUUCCACGAGGCAACCGAUACACACCCCGCUCAUCAGCAGUCAACCGAAAGGUUCCACCGGUACGCUCAUGUUGACGGAGGAAGAGAAGCGAACGUUGCUCGCGGAAGGAUACCCCAUCCCGACGCGACUCCCGCUGACGAAGGCGGAAGAAAAGUCCCUCAAGAAGAUCCGACGGAAAAUCAAGAACAAGAUCUCCGCCCAGGAGAGCCGGCGGAAGAAGAAGGAGUACAUGGACCAGCUGGAGCGUCGGGUCGAGAUCCUGGUGUCCGAGAACCUGGACUACCGGAAGCGGGUCGAGUCGCUCGAGGACUCCAACCAGAAUCUGAUAACGGAGCUGUCCAAGCUGCGGCAGCUCAUCAGCCGGCAGGCGGGCAUCCGCAAGGCGUAA